AGUAAAAUCCGAGCACCAAGCCGUUUUCCUUGCUCUGCGGCCUCCUUUGGAAUUAACAUUAAAGGCUUUUAGACUAUAACAUUCUCUCGCGAAUUUUAAACUCAAAACUUAGUCGACCUCGAGCACUUGAGGAGAGCGGUCGUUCCGUCAUUUUGAUGUGUUUGUGUGUGUUUUGGUAGCUUUGUGUUUUGAGUGAUAAAAAGCCGGCGAUUUUAAGUGGUAUAUUUUAUAUCCUAGUGUCACGGUACUGGGCCAGAUAUUUGUGAUUGUGAGUGCUUUUUCGUUUUAUGCUUCGUUAACCCGCCUUUGCCGGAUACUUUUUUUUCGUAACAGAAUGCGACAUGCGGAAUUUAUGAUCUUAACGCAAUAAGAAGAAGGAGCCCAUGUUUCACAACAGCUUACGGAGAUAUAUAAUAUCAAUGAGCAAUCGAUUUAGUCGAUAAAAAGACAAACGGGGUACCAAAGACGGGGUACCCCUGUAUCCGAUGUCUGAAACUGGUAUCAAGAAAGAGACGCAAGAUAGCGAUGGGGUAGCCAAGAGCGAGAAAGCGAAUACUGAGAAGGAGAAAGAGGGCAAGCAAAGAUCUGUGUCUUUUAAUAGGGACGUACACGUGAAACGAUUCGGUAAACCGCGAGAGCGGGGUGCCUCGGACCAGCCUCCAACGAUACGAAAAGAACCAUUUACCCACUUAUCCGAAAAAGAACUAAUCGAAGAAGCUAACAAAGUCAUUGCACAAGCGCAAAGCGUCACCUGCACAGCCGAUCAUCCACCGGAGAAAUUCUUCUCCCUCCCACACAGACGAAAAUUAAAAGAAGUUAAAACAGAACGAAGGAAUAGUGACGACGGAGGUUCACCAGAAGAUAAUUCCAAAACUCCACUCGGAAGAUCUACUAGUGAUGUAGCUCCUAAGAGGAAAAAAGAAAGAACAUCACUUUCUACUUUGUUUAGAAGAGCUCAGAGGACAAAAAGCCCGGAUGCGCCAGUGGUAGUAACAACAAAACCCACGGUAAUUGUUAAAAGAAGCAAAAGUGACGUGUCCGAUCUAAAAUCUAACACAAAUCUUAGUAAAAAUAAACCAAUACGUAAAAGAUCUGGAAGUGAAACGGAAGAAUUUCUAAAGUCACUGCGUAAUAAAAAGAUUCAACUGUCUCCUAUAAUUGAAAGUUCUCCAAGAGAAGAUUAUUUUAACAAGACAUCACCUUUAGACUUACUUCAGAGGGAUAAACUCUCUGAGAAAGAAAGUAAUAAGUCGGAUGAACCGAUUUCGAUUGAUAGUAAAAAGGUUAAUCCUAUAGAAAAACCUCCGCGAAUUAAGACACCAGAAAAAAACGAGCCUAAACCGCCAAGUAGGACUAAAAGAGGAAAAUCAUUAGAAAAGGAACAAUCACCCCCAAUAUCUGAAACACCAAAACGUAAAGUAGAUGCUAAGAAGACAAUUCUUGUUGAUGAAAUUGAUUCUUCUGUGCUAAAAGAAAAUCCCAUUGAGAUCAAAGAUAAAAUUAAAGAGAGUAUUCGAAAAAUUGAAGAAAACGUUUAUGGUGAUAAGGAGAUGAAACAUAGUAGCCAGCAACCGCCUGAAAAGCCGCCACUAACGAGGGGUCAUACGGUGGAUCAUAUUGUGCGAAUACUUAAGGAAGACCAACAUUCGCCACCUCCUAAAUCCCAUUUAAUCUCACCAACAAGCGGUACUAAUAUAAAUCAACCAUUUUCAUAUACAAAACCAAGCGCAAGUCCAGAUCCGAAUCUAUUCGUUAGAAAUACAAGCCCAGACAGAAUUCCAACGCCUGUUAAUAAAAUGACAGAUAAGGGAGUUAUUUAUGCACAAGUUAUACGUGAUAAUAACGAUUUACGUCCUCACUUUCCUAAGCAAACAAUGCAUAAAACAUUCUCGACCAGAGAUAAAUAUGCAAAUUUUUCAGACGAGGAUGAAGGACUUGGAUAUGAAGAAAGACAUAAAUAUUCCACUGAACGCAUUGGCGAUUACAACUACAAAAAUAAUGAAACAAGUUAUAACUUGAAUGAAGGAUUUAAUAUAAAGGAAUCGCCAAUAAGACCACGGUUUAGGGAAUACAAACUCAUGAGUUUUGAAGACAUUGAACCUACUUAUGCAAAUGGUUAUACUGAAAGUCCCUUUCAGUCAGACAAACACAGACCUGUUGAUGAUUUCAGAGGUAGAGCCGAUGGAAUGGAUACGAAAAAAAAGACAUUUGAACCUGAUACAAAAGUUGACUUAGACUUUAACGAACUGAGCCACAGACGAGAGCUUCUAGAAUCGCGUCUAAAUGCUAGGAGAUUUGAACGUGAAAAGAUUAAUUUCAAUGAACCUAUUUCAAAAUAUCUUGCCGAAACUGAUCCUAUUUAUGAAGCAGAAAAACGUAUGAAGCAAACCGAGAAGUAUGUAAAUGAUACUGUGAAAUAUUACCGUCAUACACUGGAAAGAGACGGAAUCGAAAGUACAAUUACAGAAGAUUAUAAGUAUGAUUCUGAUAACAAAAUAAAAUAUAACACGGAAUCCCGAACAUACCAUAAGGCAUCAAAAGAUGAAAUAGAUCGCCGUGAAUUCAUUAAUACCUUAGGUCCAUCAAGAUAUAAAGACGAAAGGAAAAUAUUCCCACCAGAACCAGAAUAUGAGCCGCCUAGCUUAGAGUCUAAUCCUGGUAAACCGAUAGCCUCGCCAGAUGAAUAUAAAGAGAAGAAAUACAAAGUUAAGAAACAUUUUACGUCUAGUCACGAUCUUCUUCAUACCGGUCAGAAAUAUAAAGGCAAAGAGGAUUGGUUCGGCAAGCGGAAGGGACAUUACGCUUCUAAUCCUGAAAUAGCGCAGGAACGGGAGGAUGAUUACGCAAACCUUGGAUACAACACAAAGCACGAAACCUACCAUAAUUCAUUACGGCGUGUGAAAAGCAAGGACAAAGAUUUCGAUAACCAUGCUAGUGUACGUCGUCACGAUUCAGGUGAUAGCAGGGAUUAUUAUCGCGAACAAAUGUCACCACGUCGAUUUGAUUUCGACAGUCGUCUUGUCGAUUCUGGUAUCGAAAAUGAUUUUCGUCACAACUCGAGCGGUGAAAUUCACAGAUCUAGACACAGGCGUCACGAAAGUGAUGAAGAUGUUCGAAAUACAUCUCUAUUUUUGGCUAGUGAACGUCAACAUACUGAAGACAAUUACCCUAGUGAACAAAUAUACGCCAAUGGAGAUUAUUUGGCUAACUACAAGGACUACAAAGGUGAAAAUAGAAAGGAGUACAUUCCAAGGGACAGAAGCGCUGACGACGGUUCGCUUUUAGAUCCUAAAACGCAUCGUUACGAAAAAAGUCCGAGUAGAUACGAUGACAAAGUCAGUGCGAAGCCUCCGAAAGCAACUAAGAAGCUUUCUGGACUUGAAAAGAUGAAACAACUGUUCUCCCGCGACUCUUCUAAGAAGAGCAAGAAAGAGAAAGAAGUAGUCCAGCCUAAAACUCGCACCCGGGUGCUCAAGAGCCCUGAACAUCUUGCCAAAGAUGACCCUGAAUACAGAAGAUACACAGAUCCUGAACCUAGUGAUCUAGAUGUAAGAAAAAGGGAUGAUCCUAAAGAAGAAAGAAAGUAUAGACGUUCAAGGGAAGACAUAGAUAGAUAUAGGAGUCCUGAUCGCCGAGAGAGCGUGGAAAAGAGAAGAGAAGAUAAGUACAGGGAUUCUGACUUUGAGAGCAGGUUUGAAAAAAACAAAAAAGAAGAAAGGAGAUACAAAGAGCACCGCGAAGAGAGAAGACGAUAUAACUCAUCGGAGAGAGAAAGCGAUCGUCUGUCGGACGCAGAGGUUGACAGGCGAAGAACCAGAUCUAAUACUGCUGGCCCGUUGGACUCACCAGCACUGGCUCAAAGAUAUCGCGAAAGACGCCGACUCGCAACACCGAGUCCAACACCAUCGCCACCUCGACGAGAGCCCACACCUCAAACGUCUGGCAAUUGGUUCAAGUCUCUUGAUAGGCUGGGCAGGAAGCGAGACAAAAAUUUGAAGGUUGAGAAAGAAAGCGUAAUAACCACAGAAGAUGAAUCUAGUCGCCGAGGCUGGUCAAAGCCAGCAAAACCUUUAAAUUCGCCGGCAAAGAAUCUCCGAUUCUUUGGCGAUACCGAUCUAGAAUCAGAUUCGAACGUCAAACGCACUGUCGCCAAAAAUAAGAGCCAUUCGAAAAACCAUAGCACACUACGAAAGACCGUGUCGAACUCGAGCACAGGUCUGGAUGAACCCGAUCAUAGCGAGCUAUCCAACAAAAGCUACUCCCUUUCCAACCUACACAGAGAAGGUAAAAGCGAAUCACCGAAAACAAAGGAAUAUUACAAGAGAAACUUGAAAAAUAUCUCCGAAAUUCAAAGUAACUCUGAAACUGAGAGUCAGUUCGGGAAGAAGAUGGCUACGAAACCGCCGAUAAGUCCUUAUGAUAGAUCGAGGAGUCAUAGCAGUUCUAAGACUCUGAAGGGUAGCAAGGCUGAUGUGAGACGACACGGCAGGAUCGACGACAGGGGCAGCUCUGAAUUGAGGAGCAGCAAACAGGAAAUAAGCACUAUCAAACCCCGUCGUAGAACACCCGUCACUAAUUCUGGAGAAAGCAGUACAGAGGGCGACUCGAGCCAGCAGUCACAACGCAGCAUUGUGUAUUUACAUGCUACCACUGUUGGAGAUAUCCCAGACCCGGACCGUUUAACAAGGAACCGUUCACGAGAUGACGUCUCAUCCGUCAUGUCCUCUAACAUACAAGUUCGGAGCUCGACCAAGAGCUUCUCUCUCUUCGCUCCGUGGACGCCGCGCCAUUACAACGACCAGUACGACGUACACUACGCUCAGAAACCGAAAAAAACAAAACAAAAAGAAAGCGAACGAUUCAAAAAAGCGACUAAUAAAAUCUCGACAGAUGACAGACCGGCAACAUUGCAAAAGAAUAAAUCGUACAGCCAAACGACGCUCAGUCGACGGCCAAACAGCCAAAACAACCGCUUGACAAGUUCGAGCACGACGCUCUACAGACGCGAGAAGAGAGGUAAGGAGAACGAUAUCUCACAAAGCACUAUGUCGCGGAAGAGUAAUGGAAAGAAGAGUCAGUCGAGCGAAAUAUUGAAUAGGGACGACCGAGAACGAGUGGCGCGAUCUGUAUCUAUACCAAAAGACAAGAAAGCUGGCUGGUUCAAACUGUCCAAUAAAAAUAAAAAGCAAGAAAACACGCGUGUCCGAUAAUAAUACUUACAUCUCUUUGAUGAUUAUCUUUACUUUUAUCAAAAUAUAUUUUAAAAUACUUUAUAUAAGUUAUCAAAAUCUUAUUGUGUUUAUGAUAAUUAUCAACAGAUAACAAUUAUAUAACUAACGUAUCUUGACAGAUAUUAAUAAUUAUGUUAUUUUUAAUGAUUUUAAAUAAAAUUGUUUACCCUAUGAAUGCAAUUUAUAUUGAGACACUUAAAUAAAAUUAUAAACUAAUAUAAUUAAAUAUAUAUUUCCUUUACACGAAAACAUAUUUUUAAAGGUGUGCCAUUUGCAACAAAAGUGUUACCAAUUUUUAGCAUAAGAAUAUUUUUAUUUUUAAAUAAUGUAACAAAAGUAUGGUUCUAUUUUACUAAUAAAAGAGAAUUAAAUAUAUAUAUGUGCCUAUAAAAAUAUUUUGCUUUUAAGAUCUCUAUAAAUAAUAUCUAAUGUUUUUACGUAAGCAAGAGUUAGCAAGUAGAAUACACGGUAUGAAUGUAAUAAUAAAUAAUAAACAAAUUCUAAUAAUA